CAGAGAGCUGUUUAACACAGCUCAGGCAGCAAUUGGUACAGGGACAGCAAACCAGGCUGCAUCUGCUCAGCCCCAGUCACAAGCUCCCUGCUUCCUCCAAGUGUGUGUGCGUGUGUGUGUGUGCGCGCGCGUGUGUGUGCGCGCGCUAGACACAGGCAUCCGCUCCCAGCAUCUCGCUGUCUCCUGCAUCCUCCGGCAGCAAGUGCAGGGCUCUGGCUCCUCGGGUACCACCCUCACCACUCCAUCCCCCGACAGGGAUUUGCGCACGGGGCACGGGAUGUGGUGAGCACCCACGGGUGGAGAGGGGGUUGCGGCCAGAGGCAGCGGCGAUGGACACCGUGUGGACCUCUGUCUAGGGCUCGUGUUCCCCAGACGGACCCUCACCCUGAGCCAUGGGGGUGCUAAUGUCCAGGCGGCAGACAGUGGAGAGGGUGCAGAAGGUGAGCUUGGCCGUGUCAGCCUUCAAGGACGGGCUUCGGGAGCAGCCAUCGACACGGCGCCGGGGAGAGGCGGGGACCUCACGCCGGGGGACACUGGAGCAGGAGGUGCAGGAGGGAGAGGAGGAGGCAUCGGCAGGACCUUCCCAGCCAGAGGAGAGCAGUGCCAGUGCCAGUGCCAAGGCAGCCUGGGAACGGCUGCGGGAUGGCCGGGGCGUGGAGCCAGAGGAGUUUGACCGGGCCAACAGGUUCACACCACCCGCCUUCAUCCGGCCCAAGCGGGAGCUGCACGAUGAUGAGCCCCCGGACAUCAGCCUGGAGCAGAGGGAGCAGAUCGUGAAUGACGAAAUGUGUGAGAUCUGCGAGGUGUGGACGGCCGAGAGCCUCUUCCCGUGCCGCAUCUGCCCCCGGGUGUACCACGAUGGCUGCCUGCGCCGCAUGGGGUACCUGCAGAAGGACAGCACCGUGGAGGUGACGGAGACGGCGCACACCGAGACGGGCUGGAGCUGCUACUACUGCGACAACCUCAAUCUGCUGCUGACAGAGGAAGAGAUGUACAGCCUGAUGGAGACCUUGAAGAACUGCAAGAUCAUUCCAGAGACCUGCCUCACCCUGGAUGACUUCCUGCGCUACAAACACCUGGUGCACAAGCAGCAGUUUGAGAAGCCCAUGGUCGAGGCACAGGAGGAGCAGGCAGCCCUGCAGUUCAAUGCCCUGGACCCCGACAAGAAGGGGCACAUCGAGUGGCAGGACUUCCUCUCCCACGAGUCCAUCCAGCUGCUGCAGAAACUACGGCCACAGAAUGCCCUGCUGCGGUUGCUGACACCCAAGGAGCGGGAGCGGGCACGGGCAGCUUUCCUGGCCCUGGACCAGGACAACGAUGGCUUCAUAGGGGAGAGCGAGUGUCGCCAGGCCCGGCACACCUGGUUCCGCAAGCACCAAAAGGAGAUGCUGUCCUGCAAUGUCAGCAUCAGCCACGUGGGGCCCAUAUCAGAGGGCAGCCCCGCCAGCAGCAGGAAUGGCAAGAGCCCAGAGAAGAUCCUGCCAGCCACAAAGCAGGAGGAGCCCAGGACCGUCGACUGGCCCAGCUUCCUGCGGGAGAAUGUCACCUACAUCCUGGCCGCGCGCCCCAACAGCGCCGCCCUGCACCUGCAGCCCCCCGCCUAAUCCCCGCGGCGCGUCGAGGGCGCGACGCUGCUCCCACCAUGCAGACCUGCCCCACCCGCCCCUGGAGGCGGAGCUGGGCGCUGAUUGGCUGGCGGGGAGGCGGCCAUGCUGCGCUCUGCCCCGCCUCCCUCUUGGAUUGGCUGUGAAGAGGACAGGUGCUGGGCCGUGAUUGGCUGGGAGGGUGGGGGCCGCUCUGAUUGGUGGGGGAGGUGGGAGGGGCAGGGCACGUCCCCGCUGCCCCCACGCCCCGCAGGCACUGCAGCCCCAGGUCCUGGUCCCGGGGUCAUGGUGGGGUGCGGGGGCCAGGGAACUGUCUGCCCCCGUGAUCCACAUCCCCACAGCACCCCCUCACCUGCCAGCGCCUGGAGCCCCUGGAACCCACAGACAGAGCAGGGUCUGCUCUGGGUAGUUGCGGGGUCACAGCGGAAACGGUGCCCGGCAUCCGUGUGCCCCCCAGCCUCCCACAGUGCCACAGGGGAGCCACAGCUAAGCCUCUGUGUGCCGCCAGGUCUGCGGCAAACAGUGUCUCAGCUCAUUGGCAUCAUGGAUCCUCGAGGGGAGGAUGUGGCUGACCCCUUCAGGGUCUUUCACAUCCCCACCCUGCUCCUACAGGGGCUGAAGCCCAGUAGGUCCAUCCUUGCAUGCUGGUGGCUGUGUCUGGGGGAGUGUUCCUUGGCCCUGCCCUCCUGGGGACCAGCUAUUUAAUGCAGACAGCAGUGGUGUGGGAAGGAGCACCAGGACUAGAAAGCUUCAGAGGGAUGGGAGGGCAAAGUGAGAUGGAGGGGAGCCCUCCUGUGCAUCUGACCUUGCCCUCAGCACUCCCUUGCAUCCCUCAUCCCCUCCUGUACCCCUGGUUCCAAGGGAUGCUCUCCAUCCACCUAGCAUUCCAGGCCCCAACCCUGUUCAGUCCUGCUCUCUCCCCAGCAUGGUGAGUGGGCAACCCCAUCUCACUAGGGGCAUUACUGCUUGUGGUGAGGAGGGGGAGGCAGAGCCCAGAGCCCUCCAGGUGUCAGCUGCAGGGGUGAGGCACUCGCUGGGCAGGGCUGGUGCUUGGCAACACUGUUGUGAAUAGAUGUGCUCAGCCCACAGGUGAAGGAGGAGGGAUCCCGGAAACCUCAUCCCAAACACACCAGGGGCCGGGAUGCCCAGGUCUCAUGGCAGCCCCAGCAGCUGCUCCUUGCCCCUCCGAUUCCUCCCCUGCAAUGCCCUUAGCCUCUCCCUGCCUGGUGUGCCCUGGCUCAGCCGGGGGGCCCUGGAGUGUACACAGACCAGGAGUGCACUUGCAGCAACCUGGUCACUCCCUCACCUCCAUCCCCGAUGCAAUGGGGGCACCAUUCCACUCAGCCCCAUUUCCCCAGACAGGGCACAGUUCCCCUCUCCAGGGUCUCUCCCACUGCAAGACCAGGAGGUGCACCAGUGCCACGACAUCUUCCUCUACCGCCCUGGCAUGCCAGGCCAAUGGGGAUAUUUUGGAUGCCAGGUCCGAGAUGUGGCCAGAGCGUCAAUGGGGAUAUUUCGGAUGCCAGGUCCGAGAUGUGGCCAGAGCCAUGGUGAGGAGGUGGCCGUGGGUGCGUGGGUUGCAACUCCCUAUCUGUACUGAGAUACAUCCAUUAAACAGCUGUGUCCAACCAGC